CCGUCUUAAACGACUUUGCUUUUUCCCUCCUUCUCCCAUGAAAAUACAAACACACACAAGGAAGCACAAACAGCCUUAUUUUAAAACACUCUGCUUUCUCUCUGUUGCAAAUACGCCGCAGUCUAUCGGAGCUCAGUCAGUAACCAAAGGUGUAUGAAGCCAGUGGUUUUCCUUCUACAAUAUUGCUGAUGAUAUUAUUGGUUGAGUUUGUUUUCUGGAUAAUGUGAAUUAUGGUUGUUUGAAUACUGUUGGAGAAUUAAUUUAUGUUGCGGUGGAUCAUGGGGGCUGCUUGUUGUGUUGCCGCUAGAGACAAAACUAUCGUAAAUGGAUCAGGUAGUGAUGUUUUACAUAGGAAUAUAAGGUAUUCCCCGACGUGGAGUUUUCGUUGGGAUAACCGAGGGCGUGUGGCUGGCGAAGACACUUCUGUAAGUUGGUUCUCAGAUGCAGUAAGUCGGAAUGAUGGAUCAGAGAUCAAAUAUGAAUCUGCUUGUGCAUCGGAGGAUGGGAUUUCUUCUGAGAGUUUUCAUUCUCGUACAUGGCAAAAGUCCCCAACUUCAGAAGGAACUGCUGGACUGGUGAGAACUCCUGCUUCAGAUCAAUCUAUUUCAAGAAACAUCUCUGUUGAUGUGAACUUAGAGAAGGCGAAGGAGUCGGUAGAAUCCCCUGCAGCCUUUUACCCAUCUCCUAAGUUGUCACUGUCUUUGCCAUCGGCUUCCUCCUUUGCAACAUCCCCUAUGUCUUCAAAAAGUCAUGUGCAUCCUUCCAGCUCAACAAUAACAAAGUGGCCUCUCAGGUCUCCUGGACAUCAUCUAUUGUGUCAAGUUUCUGAUAACAGAAUUCUGGGAUUAAAGUCACCUAAUAGGUACUCGAUUGGUGAGGAAAGGCUUGUAAUGCCUUCAUGGAGCAAUGAAUCAGCUAGGGGCUCUUGCGGCGGUUCUUCUGAUGGGUGGUCUAUGCUUGCUUUUUCUGAACUAACUGCAUCUCGUAGAGAAAGGUGGUCUUUUGAUAACGACACAUGGGGUUUUCAUCGUGAGAGAAUAAACAAAUCAAGUGGCCGAACCUUAGGGUCACCAUCUGUUGACCUGCAAACAUGUGGUGUUUGUUCAAAGCUUUUAUCAGAAAAAUCUUUGUGGAGCACUCAGAAGAUUAUCAUUAGCAAUGAUCUAUCUGUUGUUUCUGUACUAACUUGUGGCCAUGUUUACCAUGCUGAAUGUUUGGAGAAUAUGACUCCUGAAAUUGACAAGUAUGACCCUGCUUGUCCAAUAUGCACUUUGGGGGAGAAGAAGACACAUAAAUUAUCCCAGAAAGCAUUUAAAGCUGAAAUGGAUUUUAAGGCUAAAAUCAACAAAAAAUCGAGAAGCCGGGUCAUUGAUAGUGAUAUGGAUGUGGAUCCUAUUGUGUUUAAUCGUAUGAAAAGUAGUGGACAUGAAGGUAAGGCCUCCAGUUCUAGCAUGAAAAGUUCCUUGGGCAAGCCUUUUCUGAAGAAACAUUUUUCCUUUGGAUCAAAGGGAAGUAGAUCCCCUUCAGAGAGUCAUUCUAACAGGAAGAAGGGAUUUUUCUGGACAAAAUCUAGCAAGAUCUGAAGUUCUUAUCGGCUGUUUGAAGGAUGUCAAUUCUUAAAGAAUUCUCGACAUCUUUCCGAAGUAUUUUUUUCAACAGGGGGUAUCUUAUGGGAUUCGCACUGUAAAGAAGAAAAUGGAAAUUAUAGGUGAAAGAAAUAGGCUCAACAGGAAGAAAUAUUUUAAACAAUGAAAUGUAAUAGUAUACUUUAUAUAUGGUUUAUAACAUCUUUAGUGAUGUUCUUCUUGUUUUGUACAGACUGAUCUGUUGCUUGUUUCUCUGCUUGGAUUGCAUCAUGCAAUUUUG